AUGGUAGAUAAUUGGCAACACUUUCAAACAUUACUUAUCGCUGCACAUAACAUCAGUACAUUGUGCAUUGAUCUUGAUUGUGCUAUUAAAUUGUUUGAGAAUACUGGUGAAGAUUUAACAUUCUCACGUGUUCUUCAUUUAUUUAUUGAUGGAAACAACUGUGAUGUUACACUUAAAAAUGAACAUAUUCAUAGUUUAUCAAAAACUUUUAGUGAUAUACAUUCAUUAAAAAUCAAAUAUAAAACAGAAAAUUUAAUUGAAGCAGAUAUUGUAGGUUCAAUUUUAGAUAAUUGUAAACAACUUAUUGUAUUUACAAUAAAUGGACGAAUAUCAGAUGAUAUAUCAUUAGAACAUAUUCAAAAAUGGCUCAUUGAAUAUUCAUCUCGAUUAAAAAAUCCUAACAAAGAUUAUCAAGUAGAUUUUUGUGAUAAUUGGUUUCAAAUUUGGUUGUGA